AUGUCAACUUCUUCCACCUCGGAGAUGUUGCCGGUGUGGCUCAACCCCGCAUAUUCGCGGCAAAUUGUCAAGGGCAACCUCAUGACCCUGAGUGCGAGACCAAAGACUGUCGAGCAGGGCGAGUGGAUAGCACACCACGUCGUCGAGCACUACCGUAAUCUUUGGAACUUCGUCCGUGUUAUUCAUGAGAAGGAGGAGGACGGCACCACCAUUUGCAAUGUCAACACCUGCCCCAAAAUGUCGGCAGGACCGAACCACUCCUACACCUGGCUCAACAACCGCUACCAGCCCGUUGAGCUCCCUGCACACGAGUACAUGACCUUGAUGCAGCGCUGGAUCGGCGGCAAGAUCAACGACACGAACCUCUUCCCUACCGAUCCCAACGGCGUCUCCUACGCGCCCAACCCCUCUCUGACCAGCAGCUCCAGCACGUCCUCGCUGGCUGACCCUGCUUCGGACGCCGGCUCUCCUCCGGACGAGGACUGGGUCGGUCGCCGCAGCGGCUUCCCCAAGGAGUUCGCCGGCGUGUGUCGGACCAUUUUCCUCCAGAUGUUCCGUGUGUACGCGCAUCUCUAUCACAACCACUUCGUCGACCCGCUCUACCACCUCAACCUGGAGAAGCAACUCAACAGCUGCUUCAGCCACUUUGUGCUGACGGCAACCGCCUUGGACCUGUUGAAGAAGGAAGAUCUCGAGCCCAUGCAGGGGCUCGUGGACCUGUGGGCGGCGAGCGGCACCUUUCCGCCCGAGAGCAAGGCCUAUCAAUAUGCAAACCUCGAGAAUGGAGACAAGAUUUGGAAACUUGCAGCCUUUUGA